ACAGAAUAUAAAGCCUACAACUUUCACAUCUUUGCUUCAACGGCCCUCUUUGCCUCUUCUUCUCAAUAAAGCUAGUCUGAAGUGUUCUGUACCAUAUAUCUUGGACACGCAUCGCCUAGAGACUCGACGAAAUGUCCGAAUUUCCUACCCCCAUCGCGCCCCUAGCGCCUCAACCAGCGGCGGACACGUCCGGCGCUGCUGCAGACUCGCAACAAGAAGCUCCGGAGCCAGCACCGAUCACAGAACAAGAAGUCGGCGAAUAUCGCGAACAGGAUCGUUACCUACCAAUAGCCAAUGUCUCGCGCAUAAUGAAAAACGCGGUCCCACCGACCGCCAAAAUCGCGAAAGACGCGAAGGAGACGGUCCAAGAAUGCGUCUCUGAGUUCAUCAGCUUCAUCACCUCCGAGGCGGCGGAGAAAUGUCAGUUGGAGAAGCGGAAGACAAUUGGAGGAGAGGAUAUCCUUUAUGCUAUGGUCUCAUUGGGAUUUGAGAAUUACGUGGAGACGUUGAAGAUUCAUUUGGCGAAGUUGAGGCAGCAUCAAGCAACUACCGCCAAUAACGCCAAGGGUGGAGAGAGCAGUACAGCCGGCGAAGGCCAGGGUACGCCUGACGAGGAUUGACCAGAUGUGUGCGGCCCGAUCGUCUCUGCCUCUUUCUUUUCGUGGACUUUGGGUACUCUAGAGGGUUGCGUUGUGGUUACCUCCAAUCUGUAUUUGUAUUCAUGUCCGUCAUGUACG